AUGGAGCGCCCGGUGAUCCGGCUGACUCACUGUCAGAAGCAGAUCUUCUGUUUCUCGGUCCCAGACGAGUGUCCCAGCUGUGGAGAUCAGCUGACAGGAAGUAGACUACAGGAAGCUCCGGUCAGUCUGCCGUCACCUCUGACCAACGCUCACAAGACUUCCUGCUGCCUGCUGAUCACUCCUGCUGACCACACACACAGGGACUUCGGAGGAACGUCAGAUCUUCACACCGGGAUCUCCAACACUGCAGGGGUGGUGUAUAACUACACUAGUGUAGGUGUGUGUAGGUCUCAGGCUGGAUGGGAGCAGAGUGUGUGUGUUCCUCUGGUGCGUCCUGACAUGUUCCACCUGUUGGCUCAAUGGGACCAGUACCUGCACCGCUUCUCUGAGGGGCCGCUGUGGGACCCCGCCUGGCACAGGUUCGAUGAGGACAAUCAUAACUGUUUCAGCUUCUGUCUUCAGUUCGUGAACAGCGUCCUCGCUGCAGAGGGACGCAGCGCGAUGAGCAGAGAGACGUUCACUCAGAGCUUCAUCCUGCCGAGGAUGAGGAGGGUCCACAAAUACACCACCCUCUACCAACAUGUCCACAGACACCAGUACUACAUGGAGGACGGACAGGAGGAGGACGGACAGGAGACAUGA